CGUAAGUACCAAAGUGUUUUCACCUCUCUGAUUCUUCAGUAAAAAAAACCCAUUCGGUAAAAUUCAACCUUGCAAUAUACAAGAAAGUCUGUGUAAGAAAAUGUCUUUUAGUGAUAAGAAGCUGGCAGAGGGCGAGAGUCUAAAAAGGAGCAAAAAGAAGCAAAAGAAGGAAGAUGCCUGGAGACCUGAGGGACCCAGGGACCCAUUUGUUAUGCUGGACUCCCUUCCUGAGUCGAAGCAGCAGGAGAUCCAAAGAGCCCUCCACCUCUUCUCCUUGGGCUCAAAUCCACCCAAGACCCUGCAGCAGGCCAAAAGACACACGUACCGUUUCUGGGAGACACAGCCUGUCCCCAGACUGGGUGACAGUAUUGUGACUCAUGGCCCGAUAGUAGAGGGUGAAGCCAGUGUGCGUAAGGAGCCCUACUCUCUACCUCAAGGUUUCUGCUGGGACACUCUGGACUUGAGCAGCCCUUCGGUGCUGAGAGAGCUAUGCACUCUGCUAAAUGAAAACUACAUGGAGGAGGAUGACAACACAAUCAGAUUUGAGUUCUCCCAGGAGUAUCUACAAUGGGCUUUACAACCUCCUAACUGGUUGGCCCAGUGGCACUGUGGUGUGCGAGUAGACACCAAUAACAAGUUAGUCGGAUUCAUCGCUGCUGUUCCCGCAGAUGUCCGCGUAUAUGAGACGGAGAAGCGGAUGGUGCAGGUCAAACUCCUGUGUGUUCAUAAGAAGCUGCGCCUCAAGCGGAUGACUCCAGUUCUGAUUCGAGAGCUCACCAGACGGGUCAGCCAGCAGGGCCUCUACCAGGCUGUCUACACUGCUGACUUAGUGCUGCCCACGCCACUGAGCUCCUGCAGUUACUGGCAUCGCCCCCUCAAUGUGCGAAAGCUAAUGGAGUUGGACUACCCGGUUCUGAGACAGAACAUGAGCCUGCAGAGAGCGCUCAAAUUCAACCGUCUGCCUGAGGUGACAAAGACAGCAGGUCUGCGUCCUAUGACUAAAGCAGAUGCUGCAGGGAUACACUCACUGCUGCAGGCAAACCUCUGCCAGUUUCACCUCAGCCCCAUGUUGUCUCUGCAGGAAGUAGAGCACUGGCUGAUGCCGAGGGAGAAUGUGGUUGAUACCUACGUUGUGGAGAGGAAUGAUGGCACACUGACAGACGUGGUCAGUUUCUACAGCGUCUCCUCCAAAGUGUUAAAUCACCCCGUCCACACUGACCUGAGAGCAGCUCAUCUCCUUUACGCUGCCUUUACCAUCACGGACCCGGUUGACCUCAUGGAGGACACACUGGUCCUUGCUAAAUCUAAAGGUUUUGACGUCUUCUCUGCUCUCGACGUGAUGGAUAACAAGAGUUUCCUGGAAAAGCUCAAGUUCAGCAUCGGUGACAAGAGCCUUCAUUACUACCUGUACAACUGGAUGUGUCCUCCUAUGAGCCGAGACAAGGUGGGCUUGGUGUUACCCAUGUAACCUGCCACUAAAGACGACGGUGUGAGUGAUGAAGACGAGAGAGUGAUUGGCUCUGACGGUGGACAUCUGGCUGCAUCACCAGGGUGUUUAAAGUUUGAAAUAUAAACUGACAAAGACCAAAAUACAAACACAGUCGCAACUAUCAAUGAAAUAAACAAAAAGAGAAUUCCAUUUGUAAAAACAUUCAUCAUCUGGGUUCAGCGUUUGUGUGACAGGAAAUUAUUGUUUCUGACAUGAUGGAGAAUUGAGUAAACAAACUCAAGCGGUUCGGAAAAUGCACCAUGUACAUCCUAAUGCCAGUGUGUAUGUGUGUGUGUGUGUGUGUGUGUGUGUGUGUGCGUGCGUGUGUCAGUCCUCACAUUAUUCUCGGGGUAUUUGAACAGGCAAUUCACAUAACCGCAGGCGACAUGACACUUAAUAUUAGAGCGACCAAAAUUUUCAAAACACUAAUUUCAUUAGAGGACAAGGUCAUUGAUCAUUCUCACUCACACACAUAUAAGAA